ACGCAAAGAUACUUGUCUGUCUCUUGGACCUCAGUUUCCUGACAGGCUAGGCUUGGGGCUCCAAGCGCCCCUUGAGCCCAGUCUUUCGAAGGGUCUCCUCUGGAACUGAUGGCAUCUUCAACCCAGAGCUCCGGGAAUGUUCCAUUGGUGCCGCUUCCUUGUCCUGGGUUCCCAGGUGUUUCUCUGGAGCAGCCGCCUCGCGGGACUCUGCAGCAGGCGGUCGCGCUGAGGUCCCGCCUAGCCUCCCUCCAGCAGAAGCGAGGAACAUCCAGGGCCGAAGAGCCACGACCAGCCUUGGCGGGAUGCAAAAAUACAAGAGGGCGCCGAACCCACCAGCGCCGUGGCCCUGAAUACCAAUGUAUGGGCUGGCUCCAGACCGCCAAGUUCCUUCAAAAUGUCUCCUCCAGACUUGGGGGUUUCGGUUUGCAUUUUAUUCAGAAUCAGCGCAUCACCCAGACCUUGUUUACUCGGAAGGGCAGGGGGCGGGGACCCAACCCCCAGCUCGGCGCACUCGCCCUGAUCACACAUUCCAGACCCGAGCCGCUGCGUGUCAGCGCGACCUGGGGCGGGGGAGGGCUUUCUUCGGGGUGUUGCGUUUGCCAUCUGCACGUCACUGCCAAACUUUUCCUCCCUGCGCUCGCUCGGGGAGUCAGGUUGACGCGUCCUAGAUGCGGGGCUCGCGGAGCGGGCUGGGCGCGCUCCCGCGGAGUCGGAGCCGCAAAGGCUCCCUGGCUGGACUCGGCUUCUCAGGUGUGCUGUCAAGGUGGUGCUGACUCACAGUGACCCUGGGUAUAACAGAACAAAAUGCUGCCCAGUACUAUGCCAUCUUCACAAUAGUAGGUCUUUUGACAUUUGAAAAAUUUUGCUCCCAAUGAAGAGGGAACAUUUCAAAGGCACGCAGGAUGUAAAAGAAGAAGUCUUCAUGGGCAUCUCCAUGGACGGACACCAACCCAUUGGUCAAUGGGAAGACAAUGAUACCUUCCAACCUUCCGUGUGUUUCCGUGCCCUCCAGUGAUAAUUCUUUCACUUUAUUUUGUGCCAUGGGAAAAACCUGAAGCGCAGGCACAAUUGCUCCUGAACUUGCAACUUUCCCCCUCAAUUCUAGUGACCUUUCUAGAACAUGACCAUUGGAGAUCCCGUUCUCAUGUCAUCUUUCAGAGCCUAACCAAAGAAGGCACUUCCUCAUUCUACGGUGCUUUGGCUUCAGCUUAUUUUUCCAUUCAUUUCUGUUGCUUUUGCCUUCAAACCAUCUUACAUAAUCACAAGACGUCCAUCAAGUUUUCCAGGGCCAUUUGCAGGCAUCUGGACUCCUAGGGGGCUCGCCCAUGGCCCACUAAGCCAGCAGUCAGAGGGCACUAACAUGAGGCACUGCAUUAAUUGCUGUAUACAGCUGUUACCCAACGAGGUGUGCACACAGCAGCUUGGCUGCCGAGGAGGCCACCAUCCCAGCCACCAGGCGUGCACCGAGUGCACAGGCGAGAACAAGAUUCUGUUCCGCGUGGACAGUAAGCAGAUGAACUUGCUUGCUGUUCUCGAAGUGAGGACCGAAGGGAGUGAGAGCUGGGGUGGGUUUUUGCGCUUCAGGAAGGGGAUGCGAUGUAGCCUCGUGUUUGUACUGGUAAUCAUGACCUUGGUGAUGGCGUCUUACAUCCUUUCUGGGGUCCACCAGGAGCUCCUGAUCCCAUCGCCUUUCCAUUACGGAGGCUUUCCCAGUAACCCCGGUGUGAUGGACAGCGAAGGCCCAGGUGACCUAAAAGAGCACCACCACCAGCCCUCUGUAAAUAAUAUCUCAUAUGUGAAGGAUUACCCAAGCAUUAAGUUAAUUAUCAACAGCAUCACGGCCAGGAUUGAGUUCACGACCAGACAGCUCCCAGAUUUAGAAGACCUCAAGAAGCAGGAGUUGCAUAUGUUCUCAGUAAUCCCCAGUAAAUUUCUCCCAAAGAGUAAGAGCCCAUGCUGGUAUGAGGAGUUUGUGGGCAGGAACACUACUGACCCCUACCUGACCAACUCCUACGUGCUCUACUCCAGAAGGUUCCGAUCCACCUUCGAUGCCCUUCGAAAGGCCUUCUGGGGCCACCUGUCCCACACCAAUGGCAAGCACUUCCGCCUGCGCUGCCUGCCCCACUUCUACAUCAUCGGGCAGCCCAAGUGCGGCACCACCGACCUCUACGACCGCCUGCGGCUGCACCCUGAGGUGAAGUUCUCCGCCAUCAAAGAGCCCCACUGGUGGACCCGGAAGCGGUUUGGAAUCGUCCGCCUGAGAGAUGGACUCCGAGACCGCUACCCUGUGGAAGAUUAUCUGGACCUCUUUGACUUGGCUGCACACCAAAUUCAUCAAGGACUGCAGGCCAGCUCUUCGAAGGAGCAGAGCAAGAUGAAUAAAAUCAUUAUUGGGGAGGCCAGCGCGUCCACGAUGUGGGAUAACAAUGCCUGGACCUUCUUCUAUGAAAACAGUACGGAUGGCGAGCCACCAUUUCUGAUCCAGGACUUCAUCCACGCCCUCCAGCCCCACGCCAAGCUGAUCGUCAUGCUCAGGGAUCCCGUGGAGAGGUUGUACUCAGACUACCUCUACUUUGCGAGUUCGAAUAAAUCUGCCGACGACUUCCAUGAAAAAGUGGCAGAGGCUCUGCAGCUGUUUGAAAACUGCCUGCUUGAUUACUCCCUGCGCGCCUGCGUCUAUAACAACACGCUGAAUAACGCCUUGCCUGUGAGGCUCCAGGUAGGGCUGUAUGCCGUGUAUCUUCUGGACUGGCUCAGCGUCUUCAGUAAAGAGCAAUUCCUCAUUCUUCGCCUGGAAGACCACGCGUCCAAUGUCAAGCACACCAUGCAGAGGGUCUUCGAGUUCCUGAACCUGGGGCCCUUAAGUGAGAAGCAAGAAGCCUUGAUGACCAAGAGCCCUGCCUCAAACGCUCGGCGCCCUGAGGACCGGAACCUGGGGCCCAUGUGGCCUGUCACACAGAGGAUUCUGCAGGAUUUCUAUGGGCCAUUCAAUGCCAAGCUGGCGCAGGUCCUUGCUGACGAAGCGUUUGCGUGGAAAAAGACGUGAGGGCCGAGUCCACGCUGCCAGCCCUGUGCUGAGGAUGACGUUAUUGCUAUUAUUUUAACAUCUCCCUUUGCAGGGAACCGUUUUAUUCCCAGUGGGGAGAAAACCCCAGGGUCUGAGGUUUCCUCCCCUGGA